ACUUUAUUAAUAAGUAUCCAUUUUACAAACAGAGUUUUCCAACAUUCUUCGGCAACAGUAAUGGCUGAUUUCCAAGACAACUUUUUUCUUCUACUUGUAGGGCUAGCCUCCAUGUUCUUGAUCAGAACCAUAAUCUCCAAAACUAGAAAUAAACCUCGUCUUCCUCCAAGCCCACGAGCCCUACCAAUCAUCGGACACCUCCACCUCCUCACCAAAAUCCCUCACCAAGCUCUUCACAAGCUCUCAAACCGCUAUGGACCUCUAAUCUACCUCCUUUUCGGCUCCAAACCUUGUGUCAUUGUUUCCUCACCAGAAAUAGCCAAAGAAUGCCUUAAAACCAACGAAAAAUGUUUCUUGAACAGACCCAAAAUGGCAAAUAUAGACUAUCUCACUUAUGGCUCCGCAGAUUUUACCAUGGCACCUUAUGGACCUUACUGGAAGUUCAUGAAGAAGCUCUGCAUGUCUGAACUUCUCGGGGUUCGAACACUGGAUCUGCAUAUUCCAGUUAGACGAGAAGAGAUUAAGAGGUUUCUAAAAUCCACGUUGAGAAAAGCUGAAAAGGGUGAGGAAAUGGAGGUUGGAGCAGAGGUUAUAAGGUUGACAAACAACAUAAUCUCGAGGAUGGCGCUGAAACGGAGGUGCUCUGAGGAUGAAGAUGAAGCUCACAAGGUGAGGAAGCUGAUUGAAGAGAUGUGUGAACUCGCUGGUAGAUUUAAUGCUUCGGAUAUGUUCUGGUUCUGUAAGAAUUUAGACUUGCAGGGAUAUGGGAAAAGACUCAAGGAUGUACGAGAUGGGUAUGACAGAAUGAUGGAGAAGAUUAUGAAUGAACACGAAGAAACCAGGAAGAAGAAGAGGAGUCAAAGCGAUGAAGAUGGAGUGAAAGAUUUACUUGAUAUUCUGCUUGACAUCUAUGAGGAUGAAAACUCAGAGAUCAAACUGACCAGAGAAAAUAUAAAGGCAUUCAUAAUGAACAUGUUUGGAGCAGGGACUGAUACAUCCGCUGUUACAAUAGAAUGGGCAUUAUCUGAGCUAAUCAACCAUCCAAACGUGGUUGAAAAAGCAAGGAAAGAAAUUGACUCUGUAGUGGGACAGAGCAGAAUAGUAGAAGAAUCGGACAUUGACAACCUUCCUUAUCUCCAAGCCAUAGUCAAAGAAACGCUUAGGCUUCACCCAACUGGGCCUUUGAUAGUGAGGGAGGCAAUAGAAGACUGUAACAUCAAUGGGUACCAUAUUCCUGCAAAGACCCAGAUCUUUGUUAAUGUAUGGGCUUUGGGUCGGGACCCGAAUCACUGGGAAAACCCGCUGGAGUUCUUGCCUGAGAGGUUUACAGGAAAGAAGAGGCAGUUGGAUGUAAGGGGCCAGCAUUUUGAGUAUUUGCCAUUCGGGAGUGGAAGAAGAAGCUGUCCUGGAGCUUCCUUGGCUAUGGAGGUUGUUCAGACAACACUGGGUGCUAUGAUUCAGUGCUUUGAUUGGAAGGUUGGAGAAGAUGCCAAUGGGAAAGUGGACAUGGAAGAGGGACCUGGAAUAUCACUCCCCAGGGCUCAUCCUCUGGUUUGUGUCCCUGUUUCCAGGCUCAGCUCAUCUGCGUUUACCUGAUCUUGAAUAGUAUUGGGCUUGGUAUGGAAAGCCCAAUGAAGUUAUUAGGCGUGUGAACGUUUUAUUCUGGUUUUUCUUUUUUCUUUUUUUAGUUCAAAUGUUUUAUUUUUAAUUCUGUGAAUAGGUUGAAUUCUAUUAAGUAUUAGCAACUUGUCCUUACCCAGUAACAAAAAAGAAAAAAAAGUAUUAGAAACUAGUAAAGUCUUCUUGCUGUAAUAUAUUUAUAAUUAUAUUAUAAAUAUCUUGUAAUAUUUACUUAUUUUA